AUGGUUUGGUUGGUCACACUGAUCAAUGCGCGUGGUUAUGAUAAAAAAUUUUUCGAUACAACUUUAAUCUUCGAAAGACAACACCAUCGGAGAACUGUCGGCCUAUAUUUACCCGCACUUGCCUUCGGUUGUGUUAAGGAAAGCAUCUGCAAAUGUAUGGCUGUAACAACUUGCAGAAAAGUAAUUAUUGCGUACGGUAAAAAAGCAACUGAUGAUGUUUAUGGUAAUUGA